CUUUCCGCGCGUGCGUUAGAAUAACGCCUAAAGGCAGGGGGAGCUCUGAGCUCCAGCAUCGCUCCGCUCCGCCUUCUUUCGCGUUCAGCACCGCCUCGGUGAGGCCUGCCCCGCCGCCAUAGGCCGCUCCGCCCCGGCGUCGCGUGGCGCUGUGGCCGGGCCGGAAGCCGCGGGCGCCGGGUGCGCCGCUACUCUGGGCCGGGGCUCGGCCAUGGGCCCCAAGGGCCGAGGCGAUGCGCAGGCCGUUCUGCCCGCCCCGCAGCUGGUGGCGGCGGCUCGGCAGGCGCUGGGGGCCGGGUCCGGGCGGCGGCUGGCGGCGGCCCGCGCACUGCAGCUGGCCGGAGAGGUGCUGGCGGUGGCGGCGGGGCUGAAGCCGGCGCUGCUGUACGACUGCGGGGCGGCGGGGCCCGCCGAGCUGCGGCGUUAUGUGGAGCGGCUGCGGGAGGCCGGGCUGGGCCUGGGCCGCCUGCACCUGCUGGGCGUGGCGGGCGAGGUGCUGCUGCUGCACCCGGGCCGCGCUCGGCGACAGCUGGAGGCCGCGCUCCGUGCCCGCCCCGGGCCUUUCAUUGACGUGGCGGCGGCGCGGUCCGGUCCUGCGCUCUGCGGCCCAGCUGAAGCUGCGGCCGUCAGGGAACACGUGGAGGCCCUCCUGGCCCACCUCGUGGCUGCGGAGGAGGCUGCAGACAGCCCCGUGUCCUGCAGUGAGGUCGUGGCCACGGGUUGGAAUCUCUGCACCGUGUUCGGGGUGCUGCUGGGCUAUCCGGCAGCCUACACCUUCCCUGUGGAAGAGGGUGCUGAGAACUGCCUGGCACUGACGCCACUCAGGGUAUUCACGGCCCGGGCCUCCUGCCCCAGGAUACAGGGAGGGCUCCAGGUGCAGAUCUGCUCCUUCAGUAUCCCUGAGAGCCUCUGUGUGGAGCUGCAAGAGGUGCUGGACGCCUGGAGCAAAGAGCUGAGAGAUGACUUCUGUGCACAGAGCGACUUUAUUGAUCUCUGCAUUUCCAGCGAGGUGGUGUUGCUGCCAGCAGUUGCCUUGUGACAGAUGGACAAACACUGGCUUUUCAUCCUGUUCCUCACGUGCCUCAGGGAGUGAGGUGGGGAACCCACUGAGGCAGUUCUAGGAGGCCCCGAGCAAGAACCAGAUGGGUUUGGGCCUGACCAGGCCAGGUGUGGAUCAAGUCCAUGCGUGUCCCAAGUAUGUGGAUGAACAAACAGAGCAGCUCCACAGCCUGGAUCCUGACUGUGGAGUGUGUUACUGUGUGUAUUUAUUUGCUGUGAACGACUGAGGAUUAAUAAAAAAUGCUAACACGG